AUGGGGGCGCAGGUGCAGCUACGGUUGCUUCUUUUGGUAGCUACGGCGGUGGUUGCCAGCUGCGCCACCGGCGGCCUCGCCGCGACGUCGUCCCAGCUGGGCCGCCUGGAGGGCCUGCGCGUGGCCCUGACGCACGUCGACGCGCACGGCAACUACACCAAGCUGCAGCUGCUGCGGCGGGCGGCGAGGCGGAGCCGCCACCGCAUGUCCAGGCUCGUCGCGCGGACCACCGGCGUGCCGAUGAUGUCGAGAAAGGCCGUCGCGCCGGCCCUGCAGGUGCCGGUGCACGCCGGGAACGGUGAGUUUCUGAUGGACAUGUCCAUCGGAACGCCUGCCGUGGCCUACGCGGCCAUCAUUGACACCGGCAGCGACCUCGUGUGGACGCAGUGCAAGCCCUGCGUGGAGUGCUUCAACCAGAGCACGCCCGUGUUCGACCCCUCGUCGUCCUCCACCUACGCCGCGCUGCCGUGCUCCAGCUCCUUCUGCAGCGACCUGCCCAGCUCUAAGUGCGCCUCGGCCAAGUGCGGCUACACGUACACCUACGGCGACUCCUCGUCGACGCAGGGCGUGCUGGCCGCCGAGACCUUCACGCUGGCCAAGACGAAGCUCCCGGAGGUCGCCUUCGGCUGCGGCGACACGAACGAGGGCGACGGGUUCACGCAGGGCGCGGGGCUCGUGGGGCUCGGCCGGGGCCCCCUCUCGCUGGUCUCGCAGCUCGGCCUCAAGAAGUUCUCCUACUGCCUCACCUCCCUCGACGACACGAGCAAGAGCCCGCUCCUCCUCGGCUCUCUCGCCAGCAUCUCGGAGAGCGCGGCGGCCGCGUCGUCGGUGCAGACCACCCCUCUCAUCAAGAACCCGAGCCAGCCGUCCUUCUACUACGUGAACCUCAAGGGCCUGACGGUCGGCUCGACGCACAUCGCCCUGCCGAGCUCGGCGUUCGCCGUGCAGGACGACGGCACGGGCGGGGUGAUCGUGGACUCCGGCACGUCGAUCACGUACCUGGAGCUGCAGGGGUACCGCGCGCUGAAGAAGGCGUUCGCGGCGCAGAUGAAGCUGCCGGCGGCGGACGGGUCGGGGAUCGGGCUGGACAUGUGCUUCGAGGCGCCGGCGAGCGGGGUGGACCAGGUGGAGGUGCCGAAGCUGGUGUUCCACUUCGACGGCGCGGACCUGGACCUGCCGGCGGAGAACUACAUGGUGCUGGACUCCGGGUCCGGCGCGCUGUGCGUGACGGUGAUGGGGUCGCGGGGCCUGUCCAUCAUCGGCAACUUCCAGCAGCAGAACAUCCAGUUCGUGUACGACGUGGGCGAGAACACCCUCUCCUUCGCGCCCGUGCAGUGCGCCAAAUUGUGA